AACCACGGAGAACGCAACCACGGAGGACGCAACCACGGAGGACGCAACCACGGAGGACGCAAGUGCGGACAACACAACCGUGGGUGGCCCCUCUACAACGGACACGUUCACUGAGACUCCGGGUGACACCGCCGGUACUGCCAAUGAGACAGUAACUGACGCAGCGAACACCACGGCAGAGCAAGACACCGUGACAGAGGCGUCAACAACUUCCCCAGACGCUGGUAAGUGUUCAAAGUUGUUGUUUAUUAACAUACAAAAUUAAGUGCUGCGAAGGUGCGCGGAGAGAGGGGGGGGGGAAUGGUACAUCACGAAUUGCGAUUAAUACUAUACCAAUCAUCUGAAAUUAAAAAAUUGUAAGAUCAGUCAGAGAAAGGAUACCUUGGUCGAAAAUGUUGUUGGUAAAACCGUGGGCGGGGGCGACAAGUUUUGAAAGUGCCCCAGGGUGCCAGAUUGCCGGUGCCAGAUUUAUUAAUUAUAUUUUAUUUUUUUAUUAUUUGACCAUAAAUAUUUGUUUUUUAGACCGACAACAAAAGGCGCGUGGACCGGUACUGGGGCGCGGACCACCAUUUGCGGACCGUCGUGUUGUCUUCCCCAAUCCGAACUGCCCCCCCCCCCACCUCCAUAAAGCUCCUUCGAGUCUGCCAGUUCCGGUCCGGUGACACGCUUCUAUUGCCAAGACCGCUCUAGUGAAACCCAGGUCUGAUGACCCACCAAUUUUUUAUGACACCCUGCACUGGUGAAACCCUAAUGUCUGAUGACACCCUGCUCUCCAAUUAAAUGCUCUGCCAAAUUUUAAAUUUUCCUUUGGGUGUAUCCCCCCCCCCCCCCGUCCCAUAUACCACCCCCCGCCUGUGACCCCCUAGUGACUCUAUUGAAUAAAGCUAAAUCUUUAGACGUGUCAUCACGGGGGUAAUGUUUACAAUCACACUAACACAUUUUCCUGGGUUCAUGAAUGUGUUCUUUUCUAUAUUUUCUUGAAGCAACAGAAACGACCUUAUCAGGAGGAGACACAACUUCACAGACAACAACAGCAGCAGCAGGGACCACAUCUGCUUCAACGACGACAACAACAGAAGCAGCAGGGACCACAUCUGCUUCAACGACGACGACAACAGCAGCAGCAGGGGACACAGCUGCUUCGACGACGACAGCAACAGCAGCAGGUGACACAGCUGCUUCAACGACGACAACAACAACAGCAGCAGCAGGGGGCACAUCUGCUUCGGCGACGACGACAACAACAUCAGGGACCACAUCUAGCUUCCCUAUCAACGGUAAUGUCAACUUGAUGCCCUUCUAUAUACACGUGCCAUUAAGUAGAAUAAAGCGAAAUGUUUUGAAAUGUCAUCAAGCAGGUAAUGUUUAGAAUCACACCAACACAUUUUCCUGGGGUCAUGAAUGUCUUCUUUUCUAUAUUUUCUUGAAGGAACAGAAACGACCUUGUCAGGAGGAGACACAACUUCACAGACAACAACAGCAGCAUUAACAACAGCAGCAGGGGACACAGCUGCUUCAACGACGGCAACAACAGCUGCAGCAGGAGAUACAACUGCUUCAACGACAACAACAUCAGGGACCACAUCUAGCUUCCCUAGCAACGGUAAUGUCAACUUGAUUCCCUUCUAUAUACACGUGCCAUUAAGUAAUAUAUGUCGUAUUGAAGUAUGAAAUGCAAACGGUCCUCCGGCUGGAGGUGGUUUUCAAUGCUCUAUUUUUAGAGCACAGCGCACAGUAAAAGUGCGCGGGUCAAGGCAACCAAGAUUGCGGCCAUGGAAAUAGACUCGGGCCGCUUUCUCUGAAUUUAACAAAUCUUUUAAUAUAGGCGUAACAAUUGUUUAAAUAUUAUAUUUCGUAAAAUAUAUGCGUCAACAAGUUCUGGUCCAUGCUGAGGACCACUUCGCUAACGUAGUAGUACUGAACUGUGUUGAAUCCGUCCAAGCGCAAUGCCCGGAUGUUUGAGGCAGUUCUAUUAAUAGAUUUCCGCCAUUAAAUGACAAGCCUUAGUGUGACCUUAUCGUGAAGCCAUUUAAUAGAAAAAUUAAAUUAAAGGGCAAACUAAAAUAAUAAAUAUAUUUUAAAAACAAUAUGUGCCCCCCCCCACCCCCCCAAAAAAAUAUAAAUAAAUUAUUAUUAGCCCUAUUCUUUCUUUUUUAAGACGUUAUUUCAUUUCAUCCUCAAACGCAGUGUUAAAAUUUCAUCUCAAUUAUUUUAAUUAUGAUACUCUCAGAAGGCAGACAUAUUUUCACCUCACUGCAGAAUCAACGGGUCUGCAUGAUUUUAAGGAAAAAAAUGUUUUGUUUUACACCAGAAACAACUGCAGCUAUCAGCAGCACAACGGUAGCCAGCAACAACACGACUGAAUCCAGCAACAGCACAACGGUGGCCAGCAACAGCACAACGGUGGCCAGCAACAGCACAACGGCAGCCAGCAACAGCACAAC